AUGGCGCAAGCGCAGCGACGCGCGCCUCCGGCCGCGCACCCAACGCGCGAGACGGACUUCAGAAAGACUAAAUUUGGAAGGAAGCUGGAGCAGCGUUUCCACAUGUGCGACAGGAUGGCCAUCUACUUCUUCAUCGCCGCCUCCUACUCCCCCUGGCUGAUGCUGAGGGAGCUGGGGCCCUGGGCGUGCCACAUGCGCUGGCUGAUCUGGGUCAUGGCGGGUCUGGGAUCCACCUACGUCUUCUUCUUCCAUGAGAGGUACAAGUUGAUAGAGUUACUGGGAUAUGUGUCCAUGGGCGCCAUCCCUGCUUUGUUAAAUGAACCUAUCAUCAGGCAGCAGCCGGCGACAGCUCCUCACCCCCAUCUCCCCUCCGACACCCCACAGGGGGAGCGUGCAGGUGUGUGUGAGCUGGCCCUGGGGGGCGUCUUCUACGCGGUGGGCGUGGCCUUCUUCAAGAGCGACGGCCUGGUCCCGUUCGCCCACGCCAUCUGGCACCUGUUCGUGGCCGCCGGGGCGGGCGUUCACUACUACGCCAUCUGGAGCCACCUGUACCUGCCCGGCCCGCUGCUGCACACGUCCAGAAUCACUAGUAGAAAAAAGCAAACGCGGCCUGUGUCACUGCGAGUGUGUGAGGCUGGUGAGGAGCCGGAGCUGCAGCGGCAUGCUCAGGUUGCUGUCACCGUGCCACUGCGGGGUGGUGACGUGAGCGGGCGGGGUCAGGACGCUCUGAGCCACGCCGGGGGCCUUCAGCAGCGACCACAGCUCCUCCCCUCUGGUCACUAUGGCAGCGAGGUCCUCCUCAUCGGCGCACCAGGCCACCGACCCGCCUCUGCUCACCGUCCUCAGCUUGGACAGGAAUAG